CAAUAUUCAUCUCUCUCCUUCAAACACCCAGUUAAGAGAUACUGUUAAUGAGGCAAAAGUUGAACAAUCUCCCGUUGUUCAAACUGAGACUAUUCUCUCAGUGAAAUCUAAAGCGUCAUCUAAGGCAGCUAGUGCCAGAGUCCCUCGAAAAAGAAAUUCUAUAGCCAGAAAGAGAAGAAAGAAGAAUAAGGUAAAUGAUGAUGCAAAGGUUGUUCCUCCUGUGCCUCCUCGCAUUCCUGCGCCACGUCACUUGCAGAGAUAUAUUUGGUCCUUGUCACCAAAUGAUGCCCUCUUGUAUGCUAAGAAAGAGAUUGAACAUGCUCCAGUGAUUAGAGAUGAUCCUUUUCUAUAUGCCCCUAUAUUUCGCAAUGUUUCUGUUUUUAAGAGAAGCUAUGAGUUGAUGGAGCUGAUAGUUAAAGUUUACAUCUACCCUGACGGGAGUAGGCCUAUCUUUCAUCAACCCCAUCUGAAUGGAAUAUAUGCUUCCGAAGGGUGGUUUAUGAAGUUUAUGGAGACAAACAGAGAGUUUAUCACAAGGGAUCCAGAAAAGGCUCACUUAUUUUAUCUUCCAUACAGUGCACACCAGCUGGAGAAGACACUUUAUGUGCCUAACUCACACAAUCUGAGACCAUUGUCAAAAUUCAUGAGAGAUUAUGCAAAUAUGCUUGCUGCAAAGUAUCCUUUUUGGAACCGCACGCAUGGAAGGGAUCAUUUUCUUGUUGCUUGCCAUGACUGGGGUCCGUACACAUUGAGUAUGCACAAGGAACUAACAAAAAAUACCAUAAAAGCUCUAUGUAAUGCUGAUGCGUCUGAAGGUAUUUUUGAUCCUGCCAAGGAUGUUUCUCUACCUGAAACAACAAUAAGGAAUCCUAGUAGACCUCUUAGAAAUGUUGGUGGUGGUAUAAGAGUAUCACAACGCCCGAUUCUUGCCUUCUUUGCUGGAAACAUGCACGGUAGAGUUAGGCCAAUACUUCUCAAGUAUUGGCAUAACAAAGAUGAAAACAUGAAAAUUUAUGGGCCUCUACCAACCGGAUUGUCUCGAAAGACGAGUUACAUUCAGCACAUGAAAUCUAGCAGAUACUGUGUAUGCCCAAUGGGUUAUGAAGUGAACAGCCCUCGGAUUGUCGAGGCCAUAUAUUAUGAAUGCGUCCCAGUCAUCAUUGCGGAUAAUUUUUCCCUCCCUUUCAGUGAUGUGUUAGAUUGGAGUGCUUUCUCUGUUGUUGUGGUUGAGAAGGAUAUCCCCAAACUGAAGAAGAUACUGCUAGCUAUCCCAUUGAGAAGAUACCUUACAAUGCUAACUAAUUUAAAAAUGCUGCAGAAACAUUUUCUUUGGAAUCCAAAACCCCUGCAGAAACAUUUUUUUCUUUGGGAAUCCAAAAACCCUUCAGAUUUAUGA